AAGAUUUAACAUCAGAAUGAACCCCUGUAUAUUUAUUCUUAAGUAAUUGCAGAGUAUCCCGCUGCGCGUAAAUAUCCCCUAAAAAUUAAAUCCAUGGCUUUCGUAGGCGAGUGGAGUUUGUCAUGUUUGUGUCCAAGGUACGUGUUGUGCACAUGCACGUGAAGUCAUUUUGGAGAACGAAGCACUCAUUUGAAUUAGGCCUAGGCUACAUUCAACUCAAUCGGGGAAAUUUUUCUAAGUCCAACGUGGGUCCCGGGGAGUGGCUGCACGGCUGUGAAGUGGGCCUUGUGCGUCCUACAAUGCAAAGUGAAUGGGAAAGGCGGAAGAAUAAGUCCAAUGUGGGUCGCAGGGAGCGGCUACGCGGAUACGAGAUAUGAAGUAGGCCUUGUGGAUGGAAGUGUGACUCUGUAUCCGUGUAUCUGCAACUACGAGGUGGGCAAGAUUAGCAAAUACAACAUGGAGAGAGAUGAUGUGGUUAACAUACAGUCUGUACAUGGAUGUACUUCACAAACCACACCAUCAGAGUCUAGUAAUGCUGGAGGUGUAAACACAAGUUCUGUGGAGGUUAUGGAUCUUACCUUUGAGGAGUCCAAACCUGCAACAAAGAGUGCUACGGAAUCAAAGGGUACCAACUCUGGAAUGAUACGAGAAGGCCAGGCACUGAUCACCUUUCCAACAACUCAUGAGGUGUUCUAUAAUCCUGUCCAGCAAUUCAACCGUGACUUGACGAUAGCUGUUGUUAGUGUGCAUUCUGAGUUGCAGCUUGCUUCCAAGGGAAUAAAAGUUUCAUACAAACCCAGAAAUGAAGACAUUGCCACUGCAGGCAAAGACAUAUCAUCAACAGAAGGAAACAGCAUUCCUACCGCAACAGGAGACAAAACCUACCACCCGGGGGAGUACUGCCAAGAAGGUCUGUGUAUUGUUGAGGGUCUGUCUGCUACUGGACUGAGAGGGGUGCGAUAUGCUAAGGAGAUUCCAGGACUCAAGAACAUUGUGGCUAAUGACUGGAAUCAUGAAGCCUUUAAGGCCAUUGAACACAACAUCAAGCAAAAUGAAGUAGAGCAUCUGGUUACUGCAAGCCAUUGUGAUGCAUCGCUGCUCAUGAACCAGUAUCGACUGAGUGACCGCGUGGAUGUGGUUGAUCUGGACCCAUAUGGCAGCCCUGCCAAGUUCUUGUAUAACUCCAUGCAGGCAGUUAAAGAUGGUGGGAUUCUGUGUGUAACCUGCACUGACAUGGCCGUGCUAUGUGGCAAUCGCAGUGAGGCAUGCUUUGCAAAGUACGGGGCCAUGUCCCUCAGAGCAAAGUAUUGCCAGGAAAUGGCAUUACGCAUUGUAUUGCAUUCCAUUGAAACCCAUGCUAACCUGCAUCAUCGUUACAUUGAGCCUCUGCUGUCAGUCAGUGUGGACUUCUACAUUCGACUCUUUGUGCGGGUACACACCAGCCAGUCUAAGGUCAAGCAGUCAGCUGCCAAAAAGGCCCUGGUGUAUCACUGUGGGGGAUGCGACAAUUUCUACCUGCAGAGAAUGGGCCGACUGGUUCCUAUCGGGACUGACAAAAAGAACUUCAAGUACAAGAAUGCGUUAGGACCCCCGGUUGGUACAAACUGUGAAAACUGUGGCUCUAGAUUCCUUCUUGGAGGGCCUAUGUGGGCAGAACCAAUCCAUGACCCAGACUUUGUCAAGAAGCUGUUAUCUCACAUCACUGCCCACUCGGACCGUUUCCACACCAGCCCCAGGAUGAAGGGCAUCCUCACACUGAUCAGUGAGGAGCUUUUGGACUGUCCCUUGUAUCACAAGUUCAGCCAGCUGUUCAGCCACAUCCGCAGCCCAUGUCCACCAAUCAAGAAGUUCCGUUCAGCAUUGUUGAAUGCCGGUUACCAAGUGUCACUCUCACACAUCACAGCUGAAGCUAUCAAGACGAAUGCCCCCCACACAGUCAUCUGGGAUAUUGUCAAGGAAUGGGUUAAACAGAAUCCUGUCUCACGUAAACGGAAACUUGAAGAUGACAGCAUCAGCAGUGUCAUACUCAGCAAAGAAGCCAGGACCGAGGUCUCAUUUGAUGUCAGGAAUGAUGCGAUACCAGGGUCACAGAAACAGGGGAUAACAAGGUUUCCUGCCAAUCCGGCUCCAAACUGGGGGCCCAAAGCAAGGGCCAAGCCAUCGUCCUCAUCUGAAACCCUUGAAGAGAAGCGAGCCAGGUUGCAGGACAAACGAGUCAAGCCCAAGGAACUGAGAACAGAUACUGAGAAAUAACCAUUGAGAACUUGUUCUCUGCAAGUUUUCUUUGUGGCAUUUUGAGCUGCAAUUAUGGGCAUGAUCUCAUUGCAGACCAGAAGACUCUAUCUUGAUGGAAUAUUGUAUGUUGUGGAGGAGUAAAUAUUGAACUGUGGAUAACCAUGUAAACUGGUGAAACCACUGCUAUACUGAUCACAUUGGCCCAAAAUCAUACUCAUAGAGUAAUAAGAUAUUCAGAUAGGAGUGGACUGUUUCAAGAUUUUUUUUGAAUUAUUGACUCCUUAUUGGGUAUUCACAGAACAACAAAUGCUUUAACCAGGCAUCAAGUAUUUUAUUACCAUGUGAUUUCCCUGUCAAUUACCUUUUGCUGUGAGGCAUAAUGCUUUGCUUUUCAUUUUAAUCAGCAAUGAAGUAAUAUAACAUUUAUUUUCAAAAGGGUUAGGGUGAUGACUGAUGAAGUCAGAGAAUCGUUCAUCUGAGCUGUGAGUACAGCUGGCCUAAUUUUGUUUUCUACACAGGAGUUCUGUUAUUUGGGUUUGUCCUUCACAGGUGUUAUUUCCUGAGCUUUAUAUGUACAUUUAAUGCAGGCCAAGAAGCUUUGAGAGAAAUAAUAACAAGCCCACUUGAAACCGUAAUCUUCUGCAGCCAUCAUCAUGGUCAUGAGUUGCGGAAUACCUAAUUUUAGACUAAGAACGGUGGGUUCUCGGUUUCUUCGUAUUUUUUUCUGAAUUCCUCAAAGCAGAGAUAUUCAUUUGAUAGAACUAGGCAUCCGAGUACCUGACUAUUGAGGGGAUCCAAAUUAUGAGCCCUGGGUAACCAUAAUCAACUAACUUUCCAGAAAGAGAAAAAGAAAGAUUUUUAACCACUUCCUGCCGGGGACUCCGGAAUCGGAGACGUAUGGUUAAUAUGCG